AUGUACAUCGAACUUGAGAUAAGUUCUGAUGAAGAAUCAAGAAAGAGUGGUGCCAGAAUUGCUUUUGACUACAGAAAAAUCAAUCAUCCUCCAAAGUUUGAUCUCACCUUAGAUUCAGAUAGAGACCAGGAGGGUAACAAUUCAAAACAUGAAAGUGAUGAGCCUGAAUUUUGUCUAUAUGAAAAGCUUAAUAUGGCAGUUGAAUCCUUAACCUUAACCCCAUUAUCCGUUGAUAGAGUCUCAGGAAUCAUAUCUGAUAAUGGCUUCACUUUCAAGUAUACAAAGAUACAUAACUUUGCAAAUUGCCAUGACAUUGAUUGGAGAUACUUAACAAUCUAUUACCCACGGGCUAAUAGAUUGGAUGAGGCUGUCAACAAAACCUUGAUUCAAAUCAUCAAAAAGACCCUCAAUGAUAAUAAAUGUCAGUGGGAUGAGAGUUUGGUGGAAGCUUUGUGGGCCUACUGGACCACUUUUGGAACCCUGACCCAAUCCACUUUAUUUGCACUAGUAUAUGGAUCCGAGGCCGUACUCCCUCUAGAAGUUCAAAUCCCUUCACUCAUAAUCGCAAUCCAGAACCAGAUCACAACUCAACAGAAUUCACAACUUCAUUUAGAAGAGCUUGAAGGUCUUGAGGGACGUCGUCUUCAAGCUCAACAAAAUCUAGAGUUGUAUAAAGCCCGAAUGAUUCAAGCUCACGAUAAGUUAAUGCGACCGAGAACCUUCCAAGUAGACGACUUGGUCUUGGUUCUUCGGAGGCCUAUCUUGGUGCACCGAAAAAUUGGUGGAAAGUUUGAACCAACUUGGGAAGGACCCUUUAUAGUAAAGACAGUCUACGAAGGAGGAUCGUAUCAGCUAGUGGAUUGUAAGGAAAAUCAUCCAAUGCAUCCUGUAAAUGUGCGAUUCCUUAAAAAAUACUAUACUUGA